AUGGAAAGUCAAGCUGAGCUUGUGUCAGAGCUAAAGGGCUGGUGCCGUGGAGAAGUAUUGGAUGAGGCUCAUGCACUCAUGGUUCUCAUUCGAGAAGAUGUGGAAGUCACACAAAUUGAAGAGACCCUGCACACUGUUAAAUGUCUGGGACGUGUUCGUGUCCGAGGUAGGAAUUACAACAUGAGGCGCAACAGGUAUAUGAUCCUGUGUGAGUGUCGUGAAGAUCUAAAGAGGGAAAAUGUUCCUGCUGAAGUGAUGCCUACUGAUGGUAAUGAGGCGUGGCCUAUAGUCAUAGUGGGUGAAGCCCUAUCUGCACCGGUAGAUAGUUUCAGUGAGUUGCUAGCCGGAGCACAGCAGGCUGAGGAAAGGACAGGGGAGAAACCCCAGAGCAGGUCCCCUACUCCAGUUUCCCCCAGUAGCCAAACUGAGUCCAUUCUGCGUGCACUUGGUGAUUUGCUUGACAAGACAAAGCCCACUAUUGAUCAUGGAAGCUAUCGCCGCCUACGCAUUUUUUCUGGAACCCUGCCCAUUCCAGCAGGUGAAGAGCAGUUUGAACACUGGCUAGAGCAAGCAUGGCUUAUGGUCGAGGAGUGUGAUUGUUCUGUUAAGGAGAAAAGACGUAGACUAAUGGAGAGCCUUAAAGGUCCCGCGCUGGAAAUAGUUAAAGCAGCCAGAGCCAGCAAUCCUGAUGUUAGCCCUGAACAGUGCCUGGAGGCAGUUGAGCAUGUGUUUGGGACAGCAGAGUCUGGAGAUGAUCUGUACUUUGCGUUUCGCUCAAUGCAGCAGCAGUCAGGCGAGAAGCUCUCUGACUUCCUGAGGCGUCUUGAGCGGUCGCUAGAUAAAGUGAUUAAGAAAGGUGGUGUCCUGCUGGACAGAGUAGAUAAAGUACGGCUAGAGCAGCUGUUGAGAGGUGCUGUAGCAUCUGACUUGAUGUUGGUCAAUCUCCGCCUAAGAGAAAGGAGAGACAAGCCGCCAACUUUUCUCCAGUUGUUGAAAGAGUUAAGGACAGAAGAGGAGUAUGAGGCCUCAAGGAAAAGGCUCAAUCCCGCUGUGCAAAGUGUUCAUGUUAAGCCAGAGAUUGACGUUAAACAGGCUGAAAUCCAGGGCUUAAGGGCAGAACUAAAAGAGCUCAAGGCCCUGGUAGCUGCUGUGGUGACUAGGCCAGACCAAGCCAUGUUUGAACAUGUGGAGACAACGCCCUUCAAUGCAUCUCUGCACAGUGAGCCUGGUUCUGACUCUGAGCUAAAGGCAUUGAGAAAGCAAAUGAAGCGGCUACAAACGAAGUUCACCCAUAAGGUAACUAACAAGGAGACUGCGGCCGCAGUCUCAACAGUAGAAGCUUCGAAAUAUGACUCCCGUUCUCCCCAUGGACCACCAAGGGUUGCAGAGGAGAAUUUCUGUUACCGUUGUGGGGAGAGUGGGCAUUAUGCAGGAAAGUGUCAAAACUCUGAAAACCAGGCCAAGGUUAUCAAGAGACUGAUUUAG